ACACCACAACACAACACAGCACAACACGCUUCCACCACUCUUCAACAAGAAAUCAAAAUCUCUUCACGUGUCCGAUCUCUCACGAGAUUAAUGGCAGUCAAUUCAGGCCUCUCGUCGCCUCUCGGCCCUCCGGCGUGCGAGAAGGACGCCAAGGCGCUCGACUUCAUCGAGGUGAUGACGAGGAACGUUGACCCCGUGCAGCAGCAGGUUCUCGGCGAGAUUCUGAGCCGCAACGCCGACACCGAGUAUCUCCGGCGGUUCAAGCUUGCCGGAGCCACCGACAGAGACGCGUUCAAGUCCAAGGUUCCGGUCGUCACGUACGAGGAUCUUCAACCCGACAUCCAGCGCAUCGCCAAUGGCGAUCGAUCUCCCAUCUUCUCCUCCCAUCCCAUCUCCGAGUUCCUAACCAGCUCCGGCACAUCUGCCGGCGAGAGGAAACUGAUGCCAACGAUUCACGAAGAACUGGACAGAAGACAAAAGCUUUACAGCCUUCUCCAACCCGUCAUGAACCUCUAUGUUCCGGGGCUGGACAAAGGAAAGGGCCUCUACUUCCUCUUCAUCAAGGCCGAAACCCAGACCCCGGGUGGAUUAUUGGCGCGCCCGGUCCUUACCAGCUACUACAAGAGCAAGCACUUCAAGACCAGGCCAUUUGAUCCUUACAACGUCUACACAAGCCCUGAUGAAGCCAUUCUAUGCGCCAAUUCUUUCCAGAGCAUGUACACUCAGAUGCUCUGUGGCCUCCUCUGCCGCCGAGAGGUUCUCCGAGUCGGCGCCGUCUUCGCCUCCGGCCUACUCCGCGCCAUCCGCUUCCUCGAGCUCAACUGGAAAGAACUAGCCCAUGACAUUGGAACUGGGACUCUAAACCCUCGAAUUACAGACCCUCCAUUGCGGGAAUGCAUGACCAGCUUGCUGAAGCCGGACCCGGAAUUGGCUGAGUUGAUUGAGCAAGAAUGCCGAGGAGAGAAUUGGGAAGGGAUUAUAACGAGGAUUUGGCCGAACACGAAGUAUCUUGACGUGAUUGUGACCGGAGCUAUGGCGCAGUACAUUCCGACGUUGGAUUAUUACAGCGGCGGCUUGCCCCAAGCUUGCACCAUGUACGCUUCUUCGGAGUGCUAUUUUGGGUUGAAUUUGAAGCCGAUGGUGAAGCCAUCGGAGGUGUCCUACACAAUCAUGCCGAAUAUGGGAUAUUUUGAGUUCCUCCCCCACGACCCGGCUGCGCCACCGCUGUCACGGGAGGCGCCGCCGCGGCUGGUGGACCUGGCUAACGUGGAGAUCGGGAAAGAGUACGAGCUAGUGAUUACGACCUACUCCGGGCUGUGCCGGUACCGAGUCGGCGACAUCCUCCGAGUCAACGGGUUCCACAACUCGGCGCCGCAGUUCAAGUUUAUCCGCCGGAAGAACGCGCUGCUCAGCAUCGACUCCGACAAGACCGACGAGGCCGAGCUCCAGAAGGCAGUUGAGAACGCCUCGGCUUUGCUCCGAGAAUUCGACACCACCGUUGUCGAGUACACGAGCUACGCCGACACCAAGGCCAUCCCCGGGCACUACGUGAUUUACUGGGAGUUAAUGGCGAAAGACCCGUCAAGCUGGCCCACCGAAGAGGCUUUGAACCAAUGCUGCUUGGCCAUGGAAGAGUCCAUGAACUCGGUUUACCGGCAGGGCCGAGUGGCCGACAAUUCGAUCGGGCCGCUGGAGAUAAGGGUGGUGAAUAAAGGCACGUUCGAAGAGUUAAUGGACUACGCCAUUUCGAGGGGCGCGUCGAUCAACCAGUACAAGGUUCCGAGGUGCGUCAGCUUCACUCCGAUCAUGGAACUCCUUGACUCGAGGGUUGUCUCGGUGCAUUUCAGCCCGGCAGCGCCGCACUGGACGCCGGAGCGAAAAAGCUGAUCAAUCGGCGCACGUGAACUCUUCACCCGGAAGAUCAACCGAACGUGUUUGAGUCAAGAUUUGCGUCAACUGGGAUGAAUAAAAUAAAACUGGAGCAAAAGGGUACGUACGUAUAGGUGGGAAAACAAGGGCUUGCUCUGAUCUUGUCUCUUGAUUUCGUGAUGUACGUAGCUUUGAAAUUUCUGUUUAAUUAGGUUUCCUUUGAAUUUGCAAGGUUUGGGUUUGUCGCGGAGGUUCAUCUCAUGUCUUUACGUGUGGAACAUUGUAAUUAUUGUAUUUGUUUGGAAUUUGCUGACAUUCAAGAUAGGACUUUGAAUAUAAAUAUAUAUAAGCGUGCGCCUAGUUGAACUCA